AAAGCUGAAAACAGGCGGCCACACGUGGUAGUUUGAGUGCGUGUCGCCAAGUCAAUACGAUCAUUCUUGACUCUUCUACUUACAAUUUUACAACUCCCGAAGCAUUUCGUACAACUGUCUCUCCAUGUCGACGACGGAGCAAACGAAUGGACUCGGGCCAUCGCCGCCGUCUCAACCAACAGCGGAGGAGUUCACCGGAAAAAGACAGUCACUCAUUCAUACCGUAUUGGCAAUGAUAAUCUGGCUUGGUUCUGUACAUCUCAACGUUUUCAUCAUUCUCGCUUCUUUCUUCCUCCUCCCUCUUCACAAAUUCUUUCUGGUUUUGGGAAUUCUUGCGAUCUUAAUUGCGAUACCGAUUAACGAGAAGAGCAGAUCUGGUAGAGCUCUUGGCAGGUAUAUAUGCAAACAUGUAAUUGGCUUUUUCCCUGUAACACUACAUGUAGAGGAUUAUACAGCCUUCAAACCUGAUCAGGCUUAUGUUUUUGGAUAUGAGCCCCAUUCUGUUUGGCCAAUUGGAGUUGUUGCACUCGCAGAUCUUACAGGUUUUAUGCCUCUUCCCAAAAUAAAAGUCCUUGCAAGUACAGCUGUGUUCUAUACACCAUUCUUGAGGCAUAUAUGGACAUGGCUUGGAUUGACAGCAGCAACAAGAAAAAAUUUCUCAUCUCUUUUAAAAGCUGGUUAUAGCUGCAUAAUUGUGCCAGGUGGCGUGCAAGAGACUUUUUACAUGGAGCAUGAUUCCGAGAUCGCCUUUUUAAAAACAAGGAAAGGAUUCGUACGAAUUGCAAUGGAGAAUAAUUCCCCCUUGGUUCCAGUUUUUGCUUUCGGUCAGUCGUAUGUUUACAAAUGGUGGAAGCCACGUGGGGAAUUGUUUUUGAAAUUUUCACGGGCUAUAAGGUUUACGCCGGUUAUUUUUUGGGGUAUUUUAGGGUCUCCUUUACCCUUUCGCCAACCGAUGCAUGUGGUGGUUGGUAAACCUAUAUAUUUCAAGAAAAAUAAUAGCACACCUACAAUGGAAGAGGUUUCGGAAGUGCACGGGCAGUAUGUGGAAGCGGUUAAAGAUUUAUUCGAGAGGCAUAAAGCAAGAGCGGGAUAUCCUGGUCUUCAACUACGAGUUAUGUGAAAUCUCUAUUUUACCCCUGCAUUCGUGGGGCAUACGAAAAAGUUUUAGAAAUGGCAUGGUAAGCAUAGAUUUGUCCAUGUAUUUAUAGGUAAGUUAACGUUCGUUUGUACAAACUUUUAGAAUAUUUCAUAUGUUUUGUCCAUAUGUAAUCAUUUGUGAUAUUCGUAAUUUGUGUUUCU